AACUCAAACCUUCAGUACAAGUUUAACUUUUCUCCACAAAAGAGCACAUGUUUCGUCUUCUAUCAAAAUGUCUUACAAAGUUUUCUUAUUUCUGUUAAUAUUCAUUUGUUUUGAUAAUUUUACGUGUCUUGAAUAUACCAUAGAAGAGAAUCACAAUAUUAAAGUGGAACCGUUUAAGACUCCGAUAAACAAACGUGAUAUCUCUCAAUUCUUUGAUAAAGCAUCUUAUUCAUUUAAUGGUCUACAAAAAGUUGAAUCAGUUCCAAUAAUAUUUCCUCUGGAUAUAUGCUUUUUCAACGUCAACUCUAUAAGAUAUGCUGCUUGUUUGCAUAUUAAUAAAAAUGGAAUUCGAAAUUUCGUUAUAUUCAGUGCAGAAAAUGCAACAUAUGAACAACUUUACAAUUUAGAAACUCCCUUAGCCAUUGGUAUGGAUUGUAGAUCUUUUGGUCCAAAAGGAUAUGUAGCCAUUGCUUAUAAUAUAACAAAUCCCGUUGAACGGGCCAAUCAAGGAUCACCGAUAUUUCAAAUUGAUUCUGAUCGCAUUAAAAUAAUUCAAUAUUUUGGAUCACAAAGUCUUAGAGCAGUUUACCUAAGAGCUUCAGCAAAUGAUUUGUUUCUUUUGCAAACAUUUGUUAAUACUGAUAAUGCAACACAUUUUUGUCCAUAUUUCAAAUGGGGUGGUUAUAGUUUUAAUAAACUUGGAAAAAUUCCAUGUAGCAAUGCAAAAAGAUUGGAACCAUUUUCUAUCGAUUCUGAAAGUUAUGUUGCUGUAGCUAAUUAUGCUGACCAAUUUGGUCGCACACAAACCAAUUCAGUGAUCUAUAAAUAUGAUCGAGAGAAAAAGAAACUCGUUAGUUUCCAAAAGAUUAAAACACAUGGAGCUGUUGAUGUCAAAUACUUUAGUGUUCCAUUUGAGGAAAUCAAAAAGCAACACUUUUUGAUAUUUGGCAAUUCUCUGGCAGGCGAAAAUGACCAACAAGAGGAUCAACUUGAACCUAAAUCAGUUAUCUAUAAAUUUGAUAAAGGAACUUUUAUCCCUUAUCAGUCAUUGGCUUUAUAUUCGGUAGAAAAAUUUCUUCCAGUUGAGAACAUAGAACUUGAAAAGUUUAUUCUUCUCGUUGCCUGUUCCAAUCAAGAAGUUAAAAUUUUCAACAUGAACGAUUGGAAAUUUGAAGAAUCCAAAGCUCAAUUUACAGAGGGUGCUUUUGGAAAAGGUGUUUCUAACAUGCGCAUCUUUGAAGAAGACGACUUAAGCUAUUUGGUUAUCGCUAAUGAACGCAUGAUGGAAAAUGAAACAAAUGUUUUCCUACCAAUCUUUACCCAAGAAGAACAUGCCAAUACUCUCCGACAACAAAUAAUCGACUGGACUUUGGAAGCAAUCGAUCGCCUGAGUAAAAUCGAUGUAGAAAAACUUAAAAAUGAUGUCGUGGCUGCUGGAAAAAAGAAAAAGGAUCGUCGAACUGCAGAAAUUAAAGAGAUAUCAUCAGCAAAUAUUGAAAUUGCUUAUACACGAUCGUUUAUUUAUCCUCAACGAAAUUUCACUGCAAGCUAUUGGAAGACCCUUUCCUAUGCUCAACAGUCUCUCGAAGUCCUUGAGUCACGAGCAAGUAGAAAAUCAUUAAUGAAACGACAUACAUCAAAUAAAGACCACAUCGAAUACGUUCAAGACACUCUCAAUGUCGGAACUUUGGUAGUCCGAAAUUCAUUCAAAGCCAAACAUAUCAACGGAAUCGAUGUAUCUAAUAUUCAACUCAAUAAAGUAUCAGCGCCAAAAGUUAUUGUCAAUGGGAAUUUCAAAAGACCUACGCAAGCUCGAAGUGACAUUACUCCAGAAUUCGUUGAUGCUUUAAAUGUUGAACAUUUAAUGAUCACUGGAACGCUUAACGAUAUCAGCUGGUCCGAUUUACAAUUUAAUACUUUGAAGAAAACAGGACAGCAGUUUAUGAAAGCACCUGUUAAAAUUGGAAAAUUACAAACAGAUUCCGUUUUUGUUAUCUCGGGAACUGUCAACGGACAAAGUCUAUCGAAAUUAGUACGAACUGAUGGUGGAAGUUAUGUUAUCAAUCAAGAUGUCCAAUUUGCAAAGCCGAUUUAUGCCAAAAAUCUAACCAUUCAGGAUCGUUUGAAUAACAUUCACGUUCUGCAAAAUAAUUUAGAUGUUUUACUGCUCAACUCUGAAGAGGUCCAACACAUGACAGGACAAAAGACUUUUGAGAAUGUUAAUCUGCUUGAACCAGUUACGAUAUCGGGUAGAAUCUUUGGAAAUUUAGAUCUAAUGUCUCCAUUUAAACCCAUUCAUGAACCUCUCAAUCUUGUUGGUGACUACACAAUCACUGGAGAUGUAACGAUAACAAAUCUUUUAUCAGCUCAAAACAUCUUUGGAAGUUCCGGCGAUUUCAGUAUCAAAAAAGCUCUAGAUGAAGGUCUCCGGUCAUCUGGACGUUUAAAUGGACUUAAAUUAAACUUCCAACAACCAAUCGAAGCAAACAAUUCCAUUGUUUCAUUCAUUAAUGGUUUCGAUCUUCAACAAUUAGUUCCAACUGGUUUGGAUGAGGUCCAAAUAAUUGAAGGUCAUAAAAUAUUUAAAGGAGAUAUACAAAUCUCCGACGGUUUUGCUGAAGUCAAAGUUCUCAAUGGCAUUGAAGUUGACGAUUUUGAAAAGAGAGUCCUUACAAAGGAUGGACUGCAAAAUAUAACUGGAAAUUUGAAAUUCAAAAAACUAACGGCUAAAAGCAUCACAUCACCAUCAAUCAAAUUGCAAGGUAAAGAUCUCUCGGAAUAUUUGACAACGUCUGGGGAUCAAGUUUCAGAAGGAACUUUAAAAGUUGAAAGUUUUGAGACACAUUUUGCAGAAGUUGAAAAUCUUCAAACGAAACACAAGGUAUUCGGAACAAAACUCGGUACUUUUAAUCAAAAAGGAGCAGAACCGAAUCCUGAAAUCUUUAAUAACUAUCCGGGAACAAUUCGAGUUGGAAACCUUAAAGUUGCAGAGUUUAUAAAUAAAAAACCUAUCCGAGAAAUUGAAGAGCUUUUAGCCCAAUUAAAUGGAAAUGUAAAAUAUGUUGGAGGAAUGAAAUUUCCAUAUGAUAUCAAAGUUUCGAAUCUUACUUUUACUGGGAAAUUUAAUGGAAUUUCUGCACAAGAAUUUGGCAAUUGUUGGUUACAACAGGGUCGGGAGCAAAUAUUCAGUGCACCACAAACCUUGUCAAAUGUUGCAGCUGUGAAGGGUCUAAAGUUGAAUGGUGGAAAAUUGAAUGGUUAUGAAUUUGAAGACUUUAUUUCGGGAACAUAUUUGAUAAAUCGUGAUGAGCAUAUAAACAAUGCUAUAUUUGAAAAUUCUAUCAAUGUCAAAAGAACUUUGAGAACAUCAACCGUCAAUGGGUUACGAAUUCCUGAAGAUAUUCUCAUUAAAGACUCCACUGAGCCACAAAUUCUCAAUGAACCCGUCAUAUGUCAGAAAGAUGUUCAUGUGAGAGGGCAAAUUCGAAAGCUGUCCACUAUUAACAAUUUAAAUUUAGGACGUUUAAAUGAUUUUAUCGAUGGUGAUUUAGAAACAAUAGCAGUUCAGAAUGCAAUAUUUGAAAAAGCCCCACAUUUUGGAACACUUAAUUCGCAUAAUCUCAAACAAAUGAUGGAUACUGUAUGGUUUGCUAAUGAGAAUGUCGACUUACAGCAUCAUGUUGAGAUAGCUGAUGGAUAUUUUGAAGGUCCAAUUGAUUUUGAAGGACCAAUUAAUGGAAUGAAUUUAAAAUAUUUAAAAGAAAACUACUUUAGUUUAACAAAACCACAACAAAUUUCCGCUGAGAUGAUAUUUUCGAAACCAGUUGUUUUCGAAAAUGAUUUUGAUGUUGAUUAUUUGCACUUAUAUGGUCCAAUUGUUGAAAGCAGCAGUAAUUCCGAAUUGGAUUUUAAUGAUUUUGUGGAAAAUGUUCUUCUUACGUCUGGAAAACAAGAAGUAACUGCACAGUGGAAAAUCUAUGAAGCAUUGGUUUCAGGAGAUCUGAAGAACAUACGCAUGAAUAAUCUUAACCUCGUUGAUGAUGUUAUUCGUUUGGAUGUUCCUCACAACACAGUAACUGGACAUAAAACAGUUCCAUCUGCUAGCAUUAAGAAUCUCUAUUGUCAACCUAGAAGCACUGUUAAUGGUGUCGAUCUUACAGAAUGGAUUUACAAUACAGUAUUUGUAUAUGAAAACUACACAAUUAGAGGCAAAACAACAGUGGAUUCAGCAAUUCUUUAUAGCGACAUUGAAGUUCUUGGCUCUGUAAAUAAUAUGACAUUUGAUGAGAACAACUUAUUACUUCGUAAUAAGGAUCAAGUGAUUAAUGGAAAUGUUCAAAUUUUAAAUAAAUUUCCAAAGGAAAAACGAAUUCUUUCGAAUUCCUUUGAAGAAGUGCAAACAGAAAAUCUAAAUGGAUCAAACAUUGACAAUUUCUUUAAGAACCAAAUCCUUGAAGAUGAUGUAAAAUUAUCUUUAUCUCUGGAUCGGGCGAUAACUUUUGAAAAUUCUGUCAAUGUACAGCGUUUUGAAAGUGAAGCCGAUUUGAGAAACUCAAAAGAGUUAAGUUUUGAUUACAAUCAAAUGCAUAAUAAGACAGUAAAAGCAUUUAAUCAAUUGGAACAAAUUGUUGAAAGAAUUGGAGAAACAUACAAAGAUUCAAAAUAUUAUCUGAGUCAUUUUGAACAAAAACAAACAAUGCCUAUUCAAGCCCAAAAAGUCGUCAGUCUAACUUUGAGAGUAAAUGAUGAGUUCAUAGAUGUUAUUGGAGUUUUAAAAGAAAAUCAAGAUAAUAAUCUUGCCUUCUAUCGCUGGGACUUUUACCAACAGCAGUUUGUCCUGGAUAAACAUCUCUCCUGGCUCCCCCGUAGAAAAGCUCUUAUCGAUAUCUUCCGAGUGGCUUUUGGAGAUGCCCAAUAUGUUUCCAUCAAAAAGUCACUAGAAAACAAUUUCUACCCGAAUGUCAUGUCAAUGGAAACAGAAGGCCUAGAGGGAGUUUUCAAUGACAAAAAUUCCUCAGUUGAGGCAUUAGAACUUGAUGAUCAACAUUGUUUAGUUACAAACAAAGAAACAGAUGGAAUUUUGGGAUUAUUCUGUGUAGAACAUGGCGACACAGGACUCAAAUUCGUUCAUAAAAACGAUAUAAAGAAAAAUGGAGUCGUUCAGAUUGCUUCACUUGAAAAGAACCUAAUUGCAAUUCUUCUCAAUGACUCAGUGGAAAUCUGGAAACCCAAUGAACCAGAAAAAUGCAAACAAAAAAUACCAGCUGUAACUCCAUCCCAAAUCGCAGCUGUUGUAACAACAGAUUCCGACAAAUUCAUUGCAAUUUGUUCGAAAAUCAAACCCAAAUCUUUCCAUCAUGGACUUGUCGAUAUAUACAAAUCAACCGACAAUAAUCCAUUCCAACUAAUGCAAACAAUCGAAGUUGUUAGUCCACUACAAGUUGAAUUCCUCGUCCUGCCCGAAUCUAAAGACAUCCUCCUCAACAUACUCACCGAAAGUUUCAAUGAACCUUUGGCCAUUUAUCAAUACAAAGGUGUUGUAGGCUUCCAAUCCAUCGUUGGUUCAUCAACAAUUUCACCAGGAACUAGCAUCAGUGUGAUUCAUCUCAAAGCUUCCCGGCAACAUCUAAUAGCUGUGAUGUCAAAGAACGAAAUGACAAUAAUCGAAGCUGUUCUUCACAAAACAUAACAACAACAACACGAAAAAUCCAAUAGUUUACUUUGCGUAAAAAUUAAAA